UAUAUAAGAACGUAGAUGGAAUAUCAUCAACAGACUGUCACUGCCGUGUAAACUUCACACACAAAAUGAAAUUCUUCAUAAUCCUCGCUGUCGCGCUGGUCAGCGCUCACGCUGAUGUCUCCCACAUUGUAAAAUCUGGUGGUGACGAGGCUUCCGCUUCUGUAGUUAGGUCCGGAUAUGAUAUCAGCCCCGAGGGUGCCUUCCAGUAUGAAUAUGAAACGUCCAAUGGAAUCUCUGGUCAAGCCGAUGGUGUAGUAAAGAACGGCAACUCUGACAACCCUGCACUCGAAAUUAAGGGAGGAGUACGAUACACAGCACCCGACGGCAGCCCCAUCGAUUUAUCCUACAUUGCCAACGAGAACGGCUACCAACCUCAGGGCAGUCAUAUCCCAGUUCCCCCACCAAUCCCAGAAGCCAUCCAGCGCAGUUUGGACUACAUUGCGGCCCACCCUCCCCCAGUUGACCGCAAAUUCGUUUAAGGAAUUAUUUUAAGAAAUAAGUAUAUCAGAAAAUAAAAAAAAUUAAGUGUUUUUUGGUGAUCGUAUUACACUGGUUUUAUAGCAAGACAAUAUCCUCAGUAUGUUGGGGACAAUAUACUAAGCAAAAUAUUUUUUUUCUUUUUUUCUAAGUUUAUUUAAUUAUUGUGAUCUUUUUUUUUGUUUUUCUAGAAAAAUGUAUAAGAAUUACACCAACACACAUUGCAUGCAACAUCUAUAGUACAUAUCCUGGAUUAUAUAGUCUUCAAAUCUGUUACUUUUAAAUAAAUACAA